GGGCUGCAGGGCACCGAGCGCGCAGUCAGGAAGCAUGGCACUCUGGCGGGCAUACCAGCGGGUCCUGGCCGAGCACCCGUGGAAAGUCCAGGUCUUGACUGCGGGGUCCCUGAUGGGCCUGGGUGACAUUAUCUCACAGCAGCUGGUGGAGAGGCGGGGUCUGCGGGAACACCAGGCCAGCCGGACUCUGACCAUGGUGUCUCUGGGCUGUGGCUUUGUGGGCCCUGUGGUAGGAGGCUGGUAUAAGGUUCUGGACCGGCUCAUCCCAGGGAAUGCCAAAGUGGAUGCACUGAAGAAGAUGCUGGUGGAUCAGGGGGGCUUUGCCCCAUGUUUUCUAGGCUGCUUCCUCCCACUGGCAGGUGCCCUCAAUGGACUGUCAGCCCGGGACAACUGGGCUAAGCUACAAAGGGACUAUCCGGAUGCCCUCAUCACCAACUACUACCUCUGGCCUGCUGUGCAGUUGGCCAACUUCUACUUGGUGCCCCUGCAUUACAGGUUGGCCGUUGUCCAGUGUGUUGCUGUCAUCUGGAACUCGUACCUGUCCUGGAAGGCACACCAGCUCUAGACCCACAUUGCUCCAUGGUGUGUACCUUGCAGCACAGCUUGACUCUGGAAUGGUCAGACAACCUCCUCCAAGGGGCCGGGGUAGGGUCCAAGCAUUUGGGAUUGGCACUUUGAGCUGGCAUGAUUCACUCUGCAAUGUAAACUGACUGCUUCUGAAAUUGGUAGAGCCUUCACAAUGCAUCACCUGACAACAGCGCUACUUCCCAAGCAAUGUAGCAUUAGGCAAUUUUGUCAGUGUGAACCUCCCAGAGUGGACCUACCCAAACCAAGAUGGUAUGGGCCAGCCACUUGAGGUGGCCUCUUGUUCAAUCAAGAAAGGUAAUAAACGUGAAGCCUACAGACCACCACCAGUGUCACUCAGCACGCGGCCCGGGUUGCUAAGUGGGAGUACAUGCUUACAAAUGUUGUUUCUUACCGAGUUAUGUGCUCUGCAUAACCGUGUGCUGUACUUUGAUAGGAUGGUAACUUGGUAGCUUUGUUUACAUCAUUAUCAUCACGAACAGGUGAGGAAUGCAUUGCACUUCAAUUUACCACAUCCGGAUGUUGCUCC